UAGCUUUCAUGGUGUAUUGUAGGGAUAUAAAUGCUAUAACAUCAAACCACUUACAACUACCAAAAGAGAGAAAGAUUGAACAAAAAUGGGAACUUUUAUUGGGCAUUUCAUUCCUGGUUUAUGCCUAACAAUUCUUGGUCUAUGGCAUACUAUCAACACCAUCAAAUCUUACUACCUAAAAAGCCCUACCAAUUUUAUCUCAAGAUUUUGGUACCCCUACAAUAACAAUUCUCUCCUGCAACUUAAACAUUUACAGCUGAUCUUCGUCCUCUUUUUUUCUAUCCUCGCGAUCAUCCUUCAAGUCCUAGACUACCCUCUUUUCCAUCUCGCUUUCAAGCUCGACAACUUUGAGCAUGCAACCAUGUUCCUCCACCUCGCUAUCUUUUCAGGUUUUGCAUACUUUGCUGAGUUAAGUCAGAUUUCUGACUCAGUCUCCAGUCUUACUGGAAUCAUGGCUGCAUCUGUUUUUGGUCAAGAACUCUUUUUACUGCAUUUUCACUCGACUGACCAUGUUGGCCUUGAAGGGCAAUACCAUGCGUUGCUGCAGCUCAUCGUGUUGGUUUCCUUCCUCACUUCUGUUGCUACUACAGUCUUCCCUGCCAAUUUCCCUGCAGCACUUGUACUUUCAGUUUCUGUUGUUUUCCAAGGUUGUUGGUUUAUUGACAUGGGAUUUAUGCUAUGGGUUCCUAAGUUUGUCCCCAAAGGUUGCUUUAACCAGAUUGGUAAAGCUAGCAGUAGUACUGAGAUGAUGCAUGGAGCCGUCACUUGUGGGUCCCCUGAGGCUGAGUUCAGGGCAAGAGCAUUGGCUAAUCUGCAGUUCAGUUGGAUACUCGCCGGGAUUCUGAUUUUCACAGGAACUUCUUGCGUGAUUCUUGCUAAGAAAGGAUCUCCAAGGGUCCAACAAUUGAUAGCUUAUGAACAGCUUCAAAAUAAGGGAUCUGAACUACCAGUAGCUACAUAUUGAUUGCUUAAACCCUCUUAAUUUUUAGAUUUUUGACAGCCUUCUUGCUCUAAUUAUAGUAUGAUACAUGGGUAUCUCACACGUUUCUUCGUACUAAUCAACAUCUGAAUCUUAAAAUCUUAUGAUUCUACAACUUAGAUUAUACAAUCCAAUUCUAAGUUAUCCCAUCGAUCCAAAAUAGAUUCUCGAUCCAGCUAUCUUAAUUCCUAACAUGCUAACUAGUCAGCAAUUCUCUUCACCUGUCUAAAAAAGAGUCCAUUUCUCCUCCCUCCCCCUCUCAAGUUGGUUUAAACUCCUAAAAUUAAGGUGCAUAAUCAAAUACAAAAUGAUACAGAUAGCCUUCACUUAUUAACUAUGGUUGACAAAAGAGUUGGGCACUUCAGUCAUAAUCCUUACUGUCAUAACAUUUAAUUAAGACUUGUUCUUCUUUCCCCAAGGUUUUUGGAGUUCAAAUAAGUUCUAACUUUUUUAGCAUCUGAGAGCUGAGCACAUCAUGAAUUAGAAUAGGUUGUCAGAGUGCAAACAGUAAACUCAGUUGUGUACUAACACAUUAGAACAUGUAAGGGAGAAAAAUGGCUACGUGGGAUUGUUUCUAUAUUGAGCACUGAUACGAGAACCCAAGAGAUUUUCUGUAGUACAAAUUAACUAUGUGAUCCUCAGUUCCCUAAUAUUACAGUUUACAGUGUAAUACAAGCAAGCAAAUGCUAAAUGAUGAAAAAUAAUGUGUGGUAAGAUGAUUAACCCGUUCAAGUCUCGAAAGUUAGAAUAUGUUGAUGCCAAAAUGAUCUCAUACUU